UGUGUAACGUAAAACGGUCUUGUGGUGGUAGAUGGGAAGUGUUUACGUGAGUGAAUCGUAGAACAGUCCCUUAAGUGUAGAAGGCCGUGCCGCUCAAAUUUGCUAAACGUAAUUUGGAAUUAUUAUUAGUACAACUACAGAGUGAAACUUGAAGAUGUCACUGUGGGCAGUUUCAGGCACGGACGUUAGGCACCACUGUGUUGGACAUGUGUAUCAAUUACUUGAAAAUUCCGAACAAGACUUCUAUCCUAGCAAUCCAGAACCAUUCGCUAGUAAAGGAGUGGCUGCUACCGAAUUUUUUUCUGACGAAUACAUUAGACUAGAGCAAACAAAUUUAAAUGACGCUGUGAAGACAAACACUGGGCCGGACCUAGAUUUAGAAGAAUUAUUACUAGUAGAAGACUUGGCUUCUUUUGACGUAGCAGUGAAAGAAAGACAAUAUCAGUUUCAUCCACUGAAGGAUGAAGAACUAAAUGUUUCUUCAGAAUUUUCAGAUGAUUCAUUUAAUGUCUUGUGCACAACAUCUGGAUCUACUGCUGAUAAAACUAACGAGGCCUCCAUACUGACUACUGAAGCCUGCUCUGAAAUAACUACAUCAGACAAUACCCCUCUCUCUUCCAGCAGUCAACUAACAGAGAGUUCUGUUCUGGCCACACUGAAAACCCCAAGUUUAUCAGUUAGUGGGGCUGAAAACCUGUCUCCUGUCCUUUCUGUUACUGUGAAUGAUUUUUGUGAUAAUAACGAAGAGUUCCAAGAUCUCUCAGGACUAAUGCAACAGGAUGUGUUUUCAUUCCCUGGUGUAUCUUCACCAUCAUUUGAUGAUAGCAGUGCACAUUCAUGUACAUCAUAUACUAUCCUUGAGGAAUUAUCAACUUCUCAAAACUCUGUUUUUACCUUGGAGGAUGUCAAAGUAAAGGGGAAACGAAGUCAUAAGUCAUUUUCUUCAUUUGAAGACUUUUAUACUGAAAACAAAAUAAAGGUUCCAAGACACACUCAUACUGAGGACACAACCUUUUCAGACAACAGAUACUAUGAAAUGAGGAAAAAAAAUAAUGCAGCUUCUCGUAAAUCCAGAAUGACAAGAAAAGAAAAGAAAGAGAAUUGGAAAUCCAAGCUCAAAAUCUUGACCAGGAAAAUAAUAUAUUGAGGGUUAAAGUUCAAAGACUUGAAGAAGUAAUAGCUGACCUCAAACAAUAUCUGAUAAAUGUGAUUGUGAAAAAGUAAAUUUUAACAUUCAAAACCUUUUUUGUAUUAAACAAAAAUCUAUCUUGAAGUUAAUGUUUUACUAAUUAUCAGAUGUGUUUUUCUUAAGGACUUCUAAUCAUGGGGAUCAUCUUAUUUAUUCAUAAAUUUACUUCAAAUCUGUAAUUUAAAAUAAUUUAAAAAAAUGUUAUAUCGAGAAGAAAUUUGCAUCUGUUAUUUAACAUUGACACUUUUCCUUUAAGCCUGCCAUAGAAAUCUUUCUGUUAAAACACUUUUUG